AUGGACGAUACAGCAGAAGACAUGAUAUCAAAUGAAGAUGAAAGUUCGCCUCAGCAAACGAUGGGUGAUGAGAGUGAACAAGAAGAACAAGAAGAACAAGAAUCCUCAAAGGAUGAAGAACAAGUUAUCGAAUUUGUGUACGAAAGCGAAGAUCAAGAAAUACCAAAAGCCAUCCAAAAUACCAUGAAGAAAUUGAUUGUGCGUGGGCCUGUAAAGACCAUUGGAAAGCGCGCCUUUGAGAAAUGUGAAACGCUGGAAGAAAUUGACUUCACCGAGGCAACAGCUUUAGAAACCAUUGGAAAGGAGGCCUUUUCCAAGUGUCGCAAUCUCCUUGCUUUCCAGUGCCCGUCCAACGUCAAAAUUAUUGGACAGAUGGCCUUUGACGAGUGUACAAACCUGAGAGAAAUUGAUUUUAGUGAGGCAACUGCUUUGGAACUCGUUGGAAACGCAGCCUUUAAGGAGUGCCGUAGUCUUCUUGCUUUCAAUUGUCCAUCAAAUUUGAAGAUCAUUGUAAGGUUUGCCUUCAUGGGAUGUGAAAAUCUAAAGGAAGUUGAUUUCACCCAGGCAGCAGCUUUGGAAACGAUUGGAGAGCAAGCUUUUUGUGACUGUUCGAGUCUUCUUGCAUUCAAGUGUCCAUCUAACGUCAAUUUUAUUGGAGAUAUGGCCUUUCAGGAAUGUGAAAAUCUAAGGGAAAUUGAUUUCAGCGAGGCUACAGCGUUGGAAGCAAUUGGAGGACAGGCUUUUUUGAAAUGUCCUUGUCUCCUUGCUUUCAAGUGCCCUCCCAGCGUCAAAACUGUUGGAAGACAGGCCUUUGAGAACUCCUUUGGUGAAUGUGAAAGGCUAAAGGAAGUUGAUUUCAGCAAGGCAACAGCUUUGGAAAUGAUUGGAGAGGAAGCUUUCAUCUAUUGCACUAGUCUUGGUGGUACUUUCAAGUGCCCACCCAGCGUCAAGACGAUAGGAUACCAAGCGUUUAGCCAAUGCGUGAACCUGAAGGAAGCUGAUUUCAGCAAUGCCAGAGCUUUGGAUACGAUUGAAGCGAUGGCCUUUUACCAGUGCUGGGAUUUACAUUCUUUCAAGUGCCCAUCGAACGUGAAGACUAUUGAAAACCAAGCCUUUGAGAGAUGCUAUCGGCUGAAGGAAGUUGACUUGAGAGAGUCGACAGUUUUGGAGACGAUUGGAGAGGAAGCCUUCUACAACUGCGGUUGUCUUGAGAAGUUCUCUAUCCCUUUCAACGUGUCUGUUGUUGGGAAGAAUGUCCUUAAAAGAUGCAAUAAUCUAAUAUCUUUGGACGUUCCUAGUGCAAAUCCAGCCAUCCACAUUCGGUUCUACACACAACUCGGCGAAGAACAAAAGCAUUUGAUAAACUGGGAUAAUGUCGUGAAUCUCUAUGCCUCCAAUCCAAUACAGAGAUCCGAGUUGGUGGAGAACUUAGGCAAAGAUAUAACAGUUCUCGAAAAAGUCAGAGCAAGCUAUAUUGGUUCAAUUAUUGAUGGUACGCGGCGCUUACAUUCUAUUCCGGAACGCAACGGGUGGUUGAAAUUCUUGGCAAACAAUGCAGCUGACGAAGAGGACCCAUAUAUGAUCAAGUUGUGCGACUAUCUGAAAGAGAAGGCCAAUUUGAAAAGAGUUCGACAACUCGCCGACAUCAAAGAUCAAUCCGCCCGCGUUGCAAAGUCGGUGGCACCCAGACACAUCCAAAAAGUGUUUGAAGAACGGCUGUUCUUUCUUGGCCGCUAUGAUAUUGAAAAAGGACCACCCAUUCACCAGUCGGCAACCUGUGUUGUGGUCAAGGCAACGGAUGCCAAGAUGAUGGAAUACUUUGAAGAGAAGUACAAAUCGUAUGAAGGAAAAGAAGUAGGCAAAGAUGCCUUCAAGGCGAUAUUGGGCAAGGUGGAGCUCAUUCCACACGACGACAAGAACAUCAACCAUUUGUUCCAACGGGCAGAUGUCGACAAAAAUGGAAUUAUUUCCAAAAAGGAGUUUGUUGAAUUUUGCUUGGACGAAAUUGGUUGCAAUGUCGUUCUAAAGUUUAUGCGGAACAAGGAUCAGUUUCACCGAGAAGUGGAUCGUCGGAAAAAUAAUGGUUUGGAUUCGAAAUAUAUUGUCGGCAGUAUUGGAAGCCAUGAUCAAGAAAAGAGCGAUACUGGAUUGGUCCAAUCACUGAGGAACUCGUUCUUGCAAGAAGAUGGUGCCGAUACGUCGUUUUUAGAGCAAGAUGAGGUCUCUACAGAAUACAGAAGCGUAUUGGUGAUGCCUUAUGGAGAUCGGAAUUUGGACACAAUAUUUCGAAGUGAGCGCCCUGCACCAAUUGCUGUCCGUAACUUGAUGACCGAAAUUGGAGAGGCAUUGCUGCACUUACAUGAGAAGGAUAUCGUCCAUGGUGACAUCAAGAUGUUGAAUGCGGUGAGAACAAAUCGACGGCUAUUGUUGAUUGAUUUGGAUGCAUCGACGAAAGUUGGUGACUACAUCGGGUCGAAGUUUUCUUCUGGCGUACUUCCCCCGGAGAUGAUCCAUGAGCUGAAAACUCGAAAGGAAUUGGAUCUUUACGAGAAUUAUGUUGAGCAAGGAAGGAACAGCGAGGACGAGAAAGAUAAGAGGAAAGUUUUGACCACCACUGGACAAGAUGUUCGACACUUCGUAGUUCGCUCGUUUUGGGAGGAGACGCAAGAAGUGAAAUCAUGGGACGAGUUCAAUGAAAGGUACAAUGCUGUGCAAACGUUGGUGCCAAUUAAAAAAGCUGACUUGCCGUAUGAGCUGCUGGCUGCUCAUACGAGUCUAGAUGUUUGGUCUUUUGGUGUGUUGUUGUUUGAGCUGAUAACAAAGGAGUCGUUAUUUAAAGUGAACAAUGAGGACGAUAUCACAGAUGGUGACGCGAUGAGACAGCUACACGACUGGAAUGAUGAAGAUACGAAGAGCAAAUUGAAGCUCAAAGUAACAGAUGCCUAUGGUCGUGAUUUGCUGCAGAAGAUCCUUCGCCGCGAUAUGAAAGAUCGCUUGACGAUGCAGCAAGUGCUAGCUCACGACUACUUCAAACCCGAUGCUGUGAAAUCAGAAUCAGAAGCCCUGUCACGAAUUGAGAAAAGAGCGAUGGAGAAUCAAGAAAUCAUCAAAGUCAAUUUUGCUCAAAUCCACAAGUCUUUUGGACAAAUCCACGAUUCGCUAAAGCGUGUUAUGAGAUAUCAAGCUGCGGCCAACGAUCUUUUGAAACUGAUCUUCAAAGGCGAAAAGCCACAACCAAAGUAUUUUGUGAUUCUUCCAGUAGCCGAAGAAGUCAAUAAAGAGAAGGGUUUUUCGCGGUUUAUUACAGCAAUGAAGAAAGCCUCAAUGCCAAGCAGCAUACUCACGACCAAGGCAAUGUUAUAUUUCAUCUGUCCACUAACGCUGCAGCCAGUUGUGGGAACGGAUGGUGAAGCGAUUGGCUAUGAUAUCGAUAUGCCUCAGGGUUGGAUCAAGAAAUAUGGACCUGCUAUUCUCAUUGGAUUGAAGGUUGUUCAAGUAGGACUGGCAGUAGGCCGCGGUUUUGGCCUCCCUCUUCCAUCGCUAAGUGGGGCUGAAGAAGGUUUAAAGGAGACCUCCAAUCUUUUUUCAGAGAUGCAAGGUUUGUUGGUGGAUGAAAUGGGCGGCGAUAACGAGGAGGAUGGCCUAGCUGAUGUGUUGCUGGAACGAUUCACGGAUCGAAUCGAUAGCGCAGCUUCGGCCGAAGGUCCAGCUUUGACAAAGAAACAUUUGAACAGAAUUCAGAAGUCGUAUGAUGGCAUUGGAUUACUCAUUAAAGACGAAAGCUUCGAGCGUUGCGGUUUGACAAUGGCAGUCAGUAAGGAUGAGACAGAAUAUGUGCAUCCAGAAGUGGAGCAACUCUUUGAAAAGUUUGGAUCGAAAUGCUUGGAGAUGUCCAUUGAGCAAAGGGAAAAGGAAAAUGCCACAUUGUCUGCGGUGGCUCGAAAUACAAACAGAGAUACUGAGCACGGAUUCUCUGCCAAUGGAGAUGUUGAGAACAAGGCCGAGAGUGCGGUUUCCGUAGAAUCGUCAGCCUGUAUUCCUGAACAUGAGAUGGCCCAACAGCAAGAAAACCUUGGGACGAAGCAACUCCAAUCAAUAAGCGCCGAUAGUGCGGUAAUUGCGCGCUUGGAAGACGUGAAAUCGAAGUUAACGACGUUGGAAGACGUGAGUUUGAAGCUGUCAAAGUUUGAAGGAUUGAACGCAAAAAUCGACCAUAUGAACUAUGCUAUUCAGAACAAGUUACAAGGGAUACCACAGGGAUCCACCAAUGUGAUUCACAAAGGCUGGCUGCGUAUUCAAAGCCGCCGGUCUCCCUUUCUUUGGAAUGCAAGGUAUGUCGUGGUCUACAAGAAUGGCAGCAUUACGCACUAUCCCAAUGCUGGUUCUACUUUUCUUGAAGUCAAAUGGAUAGAUAGAAAGGAUGGAACCAUUGAGCUGCGUUCUGAAGACAAAAUGAUUGCGAAAGCCAAGCUCUCGGCCCGCUGUUCUAGUACGACUACCGACUGGCUUAAAGGGAACACCUGGAAUUCCGAUUAUGAGCGAUUUGCCACCAAUUCGAGUCGCAAAGCAGCAGUUGCAUCUCGCACCGAUCUCACUGGGAAUGUCAUCAAAAUCGAAACUGCCGAUUGCUGA